UUAUUCACCCAAAAAUCAGUACAACAUUUUCAUUUUCCAAUGGCAACCAAAGUCUCAUUGUGUACCAGAAAUUCUUGCAAAAAUGAGUGCACCACCUAAAAGUAAUGCACCAAUAAUUACACCAGAUGAACUUGCUGAAGGUGAUGGAUUUGUAUUUGGAUUUCCAACUAGAUUUGGAAUGAUGCUGAUAACUCCAUUAAUGGAGAUUAGAAGGAGCUUGAAAUCAGAGGGAAAAGAACAGAAGAAAGAAGAGAAGAAGAAAGGAAGAGAAAACUGAGAGAAUACUUUGCUGAAUUACUGUUACAUUGGAUGCUCAUUGAAUUGAUUGGUUACAGAGCUUUGCUCAUGUAUAUAUACACUCACACUCAUCCUAACAGAAUUGUCACAAACAUGCCUGCACAAUUUAAGGCAUUUCUUGAUUCUACUGGGGGUUUGUGGAGAACUCAGCAGCUUGCAGGCAAACCAGCAGGCAUUUUCUUAAGCACUGGCUCUCAAGGAGGUGGCCAAGAGACUACCGCGUUGACAGCCAUAACACAACUUGUACAUCAUGGAAUGAUCUUUGUACCAAUUGGCUAUUCAUUUGGAGCAGGAAUGUUUGAGAUGGAUAAUAUUAAUGGUGGAAGUCCCUAUGGUUCUGGAACUUAUGCUGGUGAUGGCUCUACACAACCAACACAACUUGAAUUGGCUCAAAGGCUCUGCCUAAUAAAUCUCACUUUUGACGCCCCUGACUGAGGGCAGGCUGAUGAGAGCGGAUCAGACGUUUUACGAGGGAAAAUACAUUGCACUAUAUGGUAUAUUGCAAUUUCUUUGUUUUUUUUUAAUAUGUAAUUCUCUUAAAUGAACAGCAUUCUUGAUUGGGUUUCAAGUUGCAUUGGUGUUAAACUAAUUAAGUGUUUCUAUUAGCAUAUUCAUCGAACACAGUUUCUCCACCCCACAAAAGUAAGAAUCAGUUCUGCGUACAUCUUAUCCUCUCCAAAUCAAUGUUGUUGUUGUUUUUGUUAUCAACAUAUUCA